UGAUUAGUAGUUCCUCAGUCAGCGCCAGGGAUUGAUCGUUGAUUCUCGGCACUAUGAAGUUCUCUGUUUUGCCGUUUGUGCUUUUGGUGUUGACCAUGCUCUGCAUCAGCCAGCAAGUACAGACCGCCAGGAUCUUAGCGCUUGUCCCGACGCCAUCUUACAGCCAUCAGAUUCCAUACCGAAGACUAUGGCUCGAGUUGCACGAGCGUGGCCACGAAAUUGUGCUUCUUACAUCGAAUCCGAUCCCGAACAUGGACCCGAAAACGUUCCAACAGAUCGACGUCGGCAAAGGGUACAAUACUAUCAGGGAAAUCGAUUUCAUGCAGCUUCGAUUCGACGGAAUCGAUUUUUGGAAUUUUUUUGAGCGGUAUAUGUUUAAAAUGAGCGACGCUUGGACGGAACACGUGCUGAAUCACAGAGAUAUGAAACCGAUCUACGCACCCGACAGCAACCAGAAGUUCGACGUAGUGAUGGUCGAAAUGCUCAUGAUUCCAGCCACCUACGCCUUCGCUCAUAGAUUCGACGCACCCUUAAUAGGGUUGAGUACACUGGGAUUGUGUUCGUUGAACGAACACGCUCUCGGUGGUCUGAUAUUGCCAUCGCACGAGUCCACCUGGGAAAUGGAGGCGAAUGUGGGGACGAAUCAGCCAUUUUGGAAGAGACUACGAAAUUAUCUUAAACUCUGGCGAUUCUUGUACAGUCUCUAUCGUGAUCUUUUCCCACGUCAGCAGAAAUUAGCAGAACACUAUUUCGGACCGUUGCCUCCAUUGCUGGACAUACUGAAGAACACUAGUGUUGUAUUUGUCAACCAAGCCGAUGCCAUAACGCCAGCCAGACCGAAGCUUGCCAAUAUGAUUACCUUCACGUCUUUCCAAGUUGAGGAGAACCCGUCUCCGUUGCCCGCGGUAUGUUUACAUAUAGAUCUAAAACGCUUUGUGGAUAACGCGACCGAAGGAUUUAUCUACUUCAGUUUGGGUAGCAACGUUAUGAGCUCGAGCAUGCCUAAAGAGACGCGACAGAUUUUCAUUGACGUAUUUUCCAAACUGCCCUAUAAAGUUGUGUGGAAGUUCGAAAAGGACAUGCCCAAUAAGCCCGAAAACGUCUUUACAGGAAAAUGGCUUCCUCAGCAAAGCAUUCUUGCGCAUCCCAAUAUUAAGCUGUUUAUGUACCAAGGUGGUAUGCAAAGCAGUGAGGAGGCGGUACACUUUUCGAUACCACUAUUAGGAUUUCCGAUAUUAGCGGAUCAAGACUCCCAGGUGCUCAAGAUGCAGAAUCUUGGUGUCGCAAAGUACAUGGAUAUCGUAUCUAUCACGAGAGAAGAAUUAGAGGCUGCCAUUAGAGAAAUCAUAACUAAUAAGGAGUACAAAGAAAAGAUAAUUGCACUGAAAGAGCUCGUGAACGAUAACCCGUACGAUUUAGUGAAAAACCUAGUAUGGUGGGUCGAGUACGUGAUUCGCUAUAAAGGCACCCCUCAUCUACGUUCAAAAUUGGCCCAUCAACCAUGGUACCAGCGUUGCGACAUGGACAUCGUGGUAUUCCUGACAAUAGUGUCCGUUUUAUUCGUUUCAACCAUGACUAGCAUCAUUGCGAAAUUGGCCGUGCGGUUGUACAAUUAUCACCAUAGGAUAUCUACACCCAGCAAACAAAAAGUUAGAUAACUAGAAAUCGGUAAAGCAGAAAGCUGGAAGUUUUAAUGAUCUACUGACAGCAUCACAUUACUAAAUUUUUUCAUUAUCUUUGAGUGAUUAGACUGAGUUAGAGUGUAAUUAGACUGAUCGAUUCGGUAGUUACCGAUUCAGUCAGAGCUAGGGAAAUACGUUGUUGACGUUUAGCAAUAUUUCAUAAACAGAACGAGGAAAUAUCGUCCAAAGUAUGUUGAAGCUACAAUAUUCUCUUAGCUUCGUAUUUAGAAAGCUGUCUUCAUAACGGUAAUGCUAAAGCAUUGAUAUCGCAAUGACAUCAUUUUUAAUAACUUAAAAAUGUAUCAUAUUUUGUAAUUAAAAUUGAAAACGCAAUAAUUAA